UAUCAGGAUUUUACCGUGAUCGGUGGCAGCACAGAAUCUGUGGAUUUCCCCAAAUCUCCCUCAGAUGAGCAGAGUCCCUCUCAGAAACACAGACACGUCAGCAGAACCCUGAGUGAGCCGGGCCACCUCGGUGGACGGGUGGGGAGGUCACACUCGGAGCAGAGGGGCAGGCGGAGCGUCCAUCACAGAAACAGAAGCCCUUCAAAUCGAACUCCGAGCCCCGCCGGUUUCAGCAGAAGACCGAACAGAGAGGAGGACUCUCCUCCUGAUGACAACACGGCACUUCCAGGAGAAAUCAGUGGAGCAAAUUCUUUGACUUCAAGAAGAGAGCUGGGGUCACGACCUCAUACGCCCAUGGGACGGGUGGACAUUCGGCCCCGCGAUGACCCAGUUAUUGUGCAGCAGACCCUGUUCUAUGCACCUGCCUCACCAAAGCCAGAAUACAAAUCUGCUCCAACCACUCCAGUCACCGAAAGGUGGCAAACCAAACCUGCACCCAUAUAUGGUGCUGUCCACCAUGCACCUAGUGGACGAAGGCCUCUGGGCAAGAGCCUCUCUACUGGUGCAGACUUACUGCCCCCUUUACCCCCCUCAUCACGAGCUGCACAUUCUCUUCACCCACAACAACAACACCACCAGCGCAGCUUCGUAUCUGCUUGUGUGCUACCGACAGCUAUGGCCUCAAAGCCCGACCCGAGGGAUCUGCUUCCGAUCCGUCCACUUGAAAGCGAUGCAGAUGCUGUGCUGACGAGACUGUGUGGGUGUGACAAGCUGUUACAGUCUCUUUCUGGAGAACUGGCUCAGCUACAAAUGGAUAAGGAUAGUGUCCACUGUGCGUUGGAAGUUUCUCGACUGCAAGUGGAAGAGUGGAAGAACCAGGGACCACGGGCGCUGGAAGAAGCUCUUACCCAGAAGGCUUUGCUGCAGGAUGAGCUGGUCACGAUCAGGGCGAGAAUGUGUGACGUUUCACUGGAAAUAGAGAGGGUGUGGAGUCAGUAUGAGAGAAUGGAAAGUGAACUGUCUGUAAUCCGCUCACAUCUGCAGCACAUCUGCAACUUUGGGAUGCCACAGGAGCAGUCUCAGGCUCAGAGGGAACUGUGGAUGAUGGAGGACAUCCUUGAUGGAUUAAGAGUCAACAGAGAUCACAUUUGCUUCCUGCUGGGAGUACAGAGGCAUCACACAUUCCAAUCUGUGGCUCCACAUCCUGGAUCUCCUGCUUCUCCCACAGAAAGGCUGCAUGGCUCACUGGACGUGGACCAAGAGCCACCAGUCCGACCACCCUUACCUCUGGAGCUGCAGGAGAACCACCAGAGCUUUGGGUGGGCAGAGUCACCAUAUGAGGGAAUAUACAGCCUUGCUGCUGAUCCUGUGAACAGAAUAGGAAACAGCCAGCCUGACCUUCUUAAUGUGAAAGCACAAUCAGAUUCCCAAUUUACAUCAAGAAGGAUCCCACCAGACAACAGCAACCAAUCAACCAAGAAGUCGAAUAUAAAGAUGAGUGAAGAGGAGCAGAUUGAAAGGAUGAAAAGGAAUCAAGAGAGGGUAACGAUUAACAAGAAACCUCCACUUCCUAAUCAGAGUGCACAAAGUUCAGAAUCAAACGAGCCCCCCUUCCCCCUAAGGGUGACAAGAGUUGUUACCGCUGUUCUACCUUCAUCUCUUGUGGCGAGGAGAGUUUCCGUGGAGGAUCCUCCGGCGGAGCUCCACACGUCACUGCCGGAGCAGAUCCCACCUGAAAUGCAGCAAAAGCUGCCCGAGCAGAGCAAAAAGCUCCUGGAAAAGCCAUCCAGACGACUGUUGCUGGAGGGCCCAGAUCCCGGCAGAUCCUCCGAUGAGACGCAGCCGGAUCAGCCUGUUAGGAAGACGAGCAGAAAGCAGCAGCAAGGAGGAUCCAGGGGAUUCAAGAUGGAGCCACUUUCGGAAGUGAGCAGAGCCGAAGGACUGGAAGCUUCAAGCAGUCAAAGUCAAGAUCUAACAGGUUUAGAAGAAACAGAUUUGAAUGUCAGGGCGGAGGAGGUACCUUCUACUCCACCAGCCCACAACACGGACCCUAACUUUAAUCUGAGCCCUGAGCAGAGAGAUGCUAAACUUCGGCGAGUAGAACGAAUACGAGAAAGAGUCCUGAGGAGCGCAGCCAGGGAGAAGGCCACAACACACGAUCAGCAGCCAACCAGGAGACAGGAGAAGGGGCGUCUCCAGGUUCUCCCUGACAGGUCCAAACUCCAAACAAAACCAGUUUCAGACCACAAAAGACUUCAGAGCAGCAAUGAGAAUUCAAACCUCUGUGGAGAAGUUCAAGAUAAUGAUAAAAAAGCAAAAAUUCAGCCCAAUUCUGGACACAAAACACAGCACAGUGAGAAAGAAGGGGUUGCCAAGACAAAAAUCAAACGCCUGCCGUCACCACAUCACAUCUCAUCCAUGACUGUCUACCAGGAAGACGGAGGAAAAGGAUUCAGAUCAAAUCAAACCCAAUAUCCAGAUGAUGACAAUGACUAUGAUGCCAGAUCCUCAGAUUUGAGAGCCAAAUGGUUCCUCUCCACCAAGCAGUGGCAAGGGUUCAUACCCUUACAAAUAUCUCCCUCGGAGACCUUACCAAGCGACGAUUCGGAAUCCCAGACGACUUCUCUGGAUGACACAACCGAUUCCAACGGAAUGUCAUCAGCGGUGAGUGAAAGCUUGGAGAAAAUGAAGGAAAACCAUUCGCUCUUCUACAAGAUUGCGUGCGACAUCAGUAUCUCAGACUCAGACAUAACCAAGAGUGAUGCUCAAAUAGCAUCUCAUCCAGAGGAAGAAGUGUUGAUCACUGAAUCAUCUCCAAAGGAAACAACCAGCAAUCCUGAAGCAGAACAAACGGAAAAAGAGAAAGACGGAAAAGUGGAACUCCAGAGUUCAGAAAAUUCACUAUGUAUUCAAGAAAGUCCCAAAAAGCUUGAGGACAGAUCAAUUCAAGAUUGUGAGCUGCAGAUUAUUGAGGCCGUCUCUGCUGCUUGGGUGGAUUCUGAUCAGCAACAGAGUGACUGUGCAGAGACGAAAGGGGAACACAGUGUGAUGAAAAAGCCGGUUGACAGGAAAGUAGACCAAGAGGGAUCGGAAGAACUACAGAAAAGCACCAGUUUAAGUAAGGUGAUUAAUGAGAACGAGCUGGAGAGAGGAGACAAGCGUUCCAUCAGUCUAUCCAGCUUUGUGCGUGAGGGUGGAGGUGUGCUUCGGAGUGCAUCCUUCGGGAAGCCCAGAGUAACAGUAUUAAGGACAAGUUUGUGAAAAGAACAUCGGCUGCUUUGGUUUGACUUAAAUAACAAGUUUCCGAGGGAUGGGAAAACUGUCAGGUGAUUUCUAGGAAAAAAGUGGACUUUGAAGAAGUUCUGAUCUAACUUGAGUAGCUUAGAAAAAACACACAAUAUCAGGUAGACUCGAACAUUUCCAUUUUUCACAGUUCUUGGAUGAAUUAUUAGUGUAUAAAUAAUGUUAAUAAUAAUCAUUCCUUGAACUAUCCAAUUAAAAACAGGUUCACAAAUGAUUUGUCUGGCAACACAACCCUGUUAAUGUCACUGUAACGUGUUUUGUAAUGCAGAGAUCCUUAUUAAUAAACCUACGAUCAAUGAUUUGAA